AUGUGGAAGUUGAAGAUAGCCGAAGGUGGACCUUGGUUGACUACCGUAAACAAUCACGUAGGUCGACAACAUUGGGAGUUUGAUCCAGAUGCCGGAACACAGGAAGAACGAGAAGAAGUCGAAAGGGUUCGUGAGAAUUUUAAGAAAAACCGGUUUCGAAUCAAACAAAGUGCUGAUCUUUUGAUGAGAUUGCAGCUUAGGACGGAAAACCACUGUGGACCAAUACCAGCUCCAGUGAAGGUGGAGGAAACGGAGGAGAUAACAGAAAAAGCAAUAACAACUACACUGAGAAGGGCUCUUAGCUUCUUUUCUUCCAUUCAAACCCAUGACGGUCAUUGGGCUGUUGAAUCUGCUGGUCCCUUGUUUUUCCUUCCACCUACGAUAAUAGCAUUGUACGUGACUGGAUCGCUUAAUGCAGUUUUAGGACAACAACACCAGAAGGAAAUGAUUCGCUACUUAUACAAUCAUCAGAAUGAAGAUGGAGGUUGGGGGCUGCACAUAGAAGGUCAAAGCACAAUAUUUGGGUCAACGCAAAACUACGUUGCCUUAAGGCUGCUUGGAGAGGGUCCUGAUGAUGGUGAAGACACGGCUAUGGCUAGAGCCAGAAAAUGGAUUCUUGACCAUGGUGGUGCAGAGGGAAUCCCUUCUUGGGGAAAGUUUCUUCUUUCUGUGCUAGGUGUGUACGAGUAUUCAGGCUGCAACCCUACGCCGCCUGAGUUAUGGCUUCUACCAAAAACAUCUCCCAUCCAUCCAGGAAAAAUGUUGGGCCUUGCCCGGACUGUCUCCAUGCCAAUGUCAUACUUAUAUGGCAAGAAGUCUGUUGGUCCAAUUACUGGAUUGGUUCGAUCACUAAGACAAGAGCUCUACACUACGCCUUACCAUGAAAUAAACUGGGCUAAAGCCCGGAACAAGGUUGCCAAGGAGGAUCAGUGCUAUCCAACUCCCCUGGUGCAAGAUAUUCUAUGGGGAUUUCUUCACCAUGUUGCUGAACCAAUUCUCAGUCGUUGGCCAUUUUCUAGCUUGAGAGAGAAGGCGCUGAAAGCUGCAAUUGAGCACGUACAUUAUGAGGACGAGAAUAGUGGAUAUUUCUCCAUUGGAAAUCUCCCAAAGGCAUUGUCUAUGAUUGCUUGUUGGGUUGAGGAUCCAAAUUCAGAAGCUUACAAACUUCAUCUAGCAAGAAUACCAGAUUUUUUUUGGGUUGCUGAAGAUGGCUUGAAAAUUCAGAGCUUUGGCAGUCAAACGUGGGAUGCAGCUUUGGCAAUUCAAGCAAUACUCUCUUGUAACGUAAACGAAGAGUUUGGGCCAACACUUCGGAAGGCACAUGACUUCAUCAAGGCUUCACAGGUUAAAGACAAUCCUUCUGGCAACUUCACUGCUAUGUACCGACACAUAUCUAAAGGUGCAUGGACAUUCUCAAUUCCAGAUCAUGGCUGGCAAGUCUCCGACUGCACUGCGGAAGGAUUAAAGGCUGCACUCCUGCUCUCACAAAUGUCACCAGAUCUUGUUGGAGAGAAAAUGGAUACAGAAUGUUUCUACAAUGCAGUGAAUGUCAUUCUUUCUUUGCAAAGCACCAAUGGUGGUUUUACUGCAUGGGAGCCUCAAAGUGCACCCCGUUGGGUGGAGAAGUUCAACCCCAUAGAGUUCUUCGAAGAUAGUCUUAUCGAACGAGAGUACGUAGAGUGCACAUCAUCAGCAGUUCAAGUUUUAGUGCUCUUCAGGAAAUUGCAUCCCAAGCAUCGAAGCAUAGAAAUAGACAGUUGCAUAUCAAGAGGAAUUCGUUACAUUGAAGACACACAAAACCCUGAUGGUUCAUGGCUUGGACGUUGGGGUAUCUGCUACACAUAUGGUACAUGGUUUGCUACAGAGGCGUUAAUAGCCUGUGGGAAGAACCACCACAAUAGCCCCACAAUUAUGAGGAAAGCUUGUGAGUUUUUACUAUCAAAGCAGCUAAUUAAUGGUGGAUGGGGAGAGAGUUAUCUUUCUAGCCAAACCAGGGUGUAUACUAAUCGAGAAGGCAACCGCGCUCAUUUGGUCCAGACUGCUUGGGCCUUGUUAGCCCUCAUUAAUGCUGGACAGGCCGACAUAGAUCCAACGCCCAUCCAUCGUGGAAUGAAGUUAUUGAUCAAUUCACAAAUGGAGGAUGGUGACUUCCCUGAACAGGAAAUUACUGGACUAUUUAUGAGGCAUUGUAUAUUGCAUUACGCAAUAUAUCGAAAUAUCUUUCCGGUAUGGGCUCUCGGAGAAUAUCGACGACGUGUUCUACUGCAGAAGUCUUGA